AUGUCUGACGAGUCAAUUCAAUACAAGAUUGAACAUGACACCAGCAAUCUUCAGUCCGGUGUAGUCCUCCACACAUGGCCGGCUAAACCACCACUUCGAGCCAUCAUUAUCCUACAGCACGGAUAUGGUGAGCAUGCAGAGCGCUAUGUAGAUGGACACUGUGCUCUCAUCCAGCGGCUAGGCAAACGCGGCCUCGAAGUCAGGGCAUUCGACAUGUGGGGUCACGGACGGUCGCCUGGCGUUCGCGGCGCCGUGGACGUUGAAAGGGCUAUCCAUGACCAUCUAGAGCUCCGGCGAGAGGCAGAGAGAGAGAAUGUACCUCUAUUCUUGCUCGGCCACUCCUUAGGUGCUAUUGUCACGGCAGGCAGCAUCAUCACGGAUCCAUCUCUGGUGGAUGGAGUCAUCUUGACCAGCCCUCCGUUUCCAGGUCCAGUUUCGACAUUGGUAAGAUGGGCGCUCAGUGCGGGCGCCACCAUCGUGCCACACUGGUCACUUCCGAUGCCACGGUCACCCCCUUCUGCUUUAUCACGCCAACCUGAACUGCUACAGCCGGCAGAGGCUGACCCGCUAAUGGUGAAGAGACAGAUGCCUUUUCUCCUGGCUGCCUCUGCUCUCCGCACAGCGCAGGCUAUAAACCAAGGACUCAAAGAAUGGCAUGUCCCCACGCUAGUUAUGCAUGGUACUGCUGAUAAGAGCGCUGAUCCUAAGGGGAGUGAGGAUUUUGUUAAAGGUAUCGAUUCUAAAGAUAAGACGCUAUGGCUUUUGGAUUCCGGCCUUCACGAGCUCCUCAAUGACUCGGACCGGGAGGAUUCUCUCCAGCAGAUCCUUGUGUGGCUUGAUGCCCAUAAAAGAUAA